AUGCCCGCAACAGGGGCCCUCUGCUCCUCGGGGGCCCAUAAAAGGUUACCUGCAGCAGCUGCAGUCACGCGGGCUUCCUCUCCUGCUGCCAAUGAAGCAGCAGCUUCUAAAGCUCCCUCGAAUAGUGCCUCUGUGGAGCUAAUGGGGGCUGAGGCAUACGUGUUGGUAGACGAGCAGAAGAUCCAGCGGCAACGAGCAGCCAAUCAAAACAUACGAUCUCUUCUAGGGGCCCGGCGCGUGGCCAAGGCAGCCAUCAGCGUCCCCCUAGCGCCUAACCAGGGGCUUUGUGUAGGCUCACUUGCCCCGGAAGGAAAGGCAGAGCCUUCUGAUCCUGCUUCUGAGGCUGCUGCCGCGGCGCUUGAUGCUGCGUCCACUGUUCAGAGUGAUGCAGCACAGAAAGCUGCACAAGUGCCAGUACCAGGUGACAGGAAACGUCCUGCUCAUCCCCUGGCAGAAUUCAUGUCACUGCCGGAUCUGCUGGAAUCCUCGCCGUCUCCUCCCCACAGGCCGCUGCAGCCGUGGCAGCUGCAGCAGCACCAGCAGCUACUGCGCUUGCAGCAGCAAGAGCUUCAACAAAAUGAUAGGCGAAACAGGUUAUGGCAGUCGGAGAGAGGUCCAUCAAGAGGCCCGAAGCCACUGCACCAUAGCAGGCACCACUCUGACUCAGUAGCAUCGCCGGGGGCUGCUGCUGUCGCUGCAGCGGGGGCAGCAGCAGUGGCUGCAGGUGCAGAUUUCUUCGGACGCUUGCAUGCAGAGUGCCUCGAGGUGAUAAGGAUGUUAAGGCCCACCGAAGAAGAAAGCGCAAAAAAGAGGGAGGCAGCAGGGAGAGUGCUGGCUGUUUGCUCUCAUUUGUUUGAGUCUUGCUCCGUGGAAGUCUUUGGCUCCUCCUUUACGGCAUUAGAUCUUCCGGGAAGUGAUCUAGAUCUGUGUGUAUUCGCGGACACAAAGCCCCCUUGCCUAGGCCUCUACAGGUGCAGCCAGUGCCUCUGCUGCAGCGAAAGCCCCAACAAUAGUUCUAGCAAUAACGAUGGCAGCAGCAACAGCUGUUCUGGCAGGAGUGACUGCAGGCCCAGCAACCGAAACGAGACUCCAGUGGCCCCUACAGCUGACACCUGUGGCCGUGAGGCAGCAAGCUCAACCAGGUGCUGCUGCUUUCGCCACGGUGUAUCUCCUUCCAAGGGGAGGGGGCUUUGCAGCAGCAGCUGUCCCCAUGGAGGUGCUGAGGGGUUGCAGCAGCUCCUGAGAGCAGCGGCGGAGGAUAUGGGGGAGGACAGCCACGAUCGUGCACGAAAGGUUGACAAUAUUUGUCUCUUUGUUUGGCUACUCCGCGAGCUCAACGGCGCCGUAGCAUCAGGUCCUCCUGGAGGAGGUGGCCGCGCGCAGCGGCCAAGACGGGGGCCGGCUAUCUUUGCAGAGCGCAUUGAGCCAAUCUUGAAGGCGAGAGUGCCGAUAUGCAAGUUCAGGGAUGCGGCGACGGGCGUGUCUGUAGAUGUUAGCUUUGACCAGCCAUCGGCACUCCUCACAUCUCUUUACGUCCGCUUCAAGGUCAAUGAAUUUCCGUUGCUGCGCCCCCUGUUGUUAAUUAACAAGCUGCUAUUGCGGCACUUGGACCUCCAUGAGCCAUUCAAAGGGGGCGUUGGCUCCUACCUACUGUUCGCAAUGUGUCUGCACUUCUUGCAAAACAACCCCCGGCUUCGGGAUGCCAAGCAGCAACGCCAUUUGAAUCUUGGUCACCUUCUGUUUGAGUUUCUCCACUACUACGGCUGCCAGUUCAAUUACGCACACAACACCAUCAGCGUACGAGACAACGGCAGCUUGUGGCCCAAACGAGGUGCCGCUCGAGGAGCGCAGACGCUGAGGCUAAGUGCGGAGAGUCCCUUGGACCGGAACCGAGAUAUUGGAUCAACAGCAUAUAAGAUAAUGGCCGUCCGCGCUGUAUGGAGAAGGGCCUACCUGCGGCUAGCCUGCCGGCUGGCUUCAGAGGUCCGGCGCGGAGCUCCAGAGAAAGAUGAUCCAGGCAGCGCCUGCGUUGACGUUUCGGCUGUGUCAAGGCCUCUGCUAUGCUGCCUUUUCGGCGAUUCAUGGCCAAAAGAGCUCUCAACAAAGUCCCGCCUUAGCAACAACGGCCAGGAAGCGGUUAGGGGGCUUGCGACCCAAAGGCCGGGCAUUUGGGUGACGAAAGCCGUCCAGAAAAAAACACAAGGGGCAGUUCAGCGUAUUUUGACCUCUUCUAAGAGCCUGAUGAAGGCUUUAGACAAGCGGGUGAAUGUGAAACGAUCAAACAGAACCUUCAUUGAUGUAAAAGAUGAUGUCCUCACGUGCGACAACGACGACGACAAUGACAAAUACAGCGUAAGCUCAGAUAGCGACUCAGCUGAGGAAUCUCUAAAAUUUCCGUGGAUGCGACGGCAGCUACAGCAGCGGCCUCAAAAGCGCCCGCGACGUUUCGGCGCUAUUGAGAGAGACAACACCAUUUCCCCCAGUAGCAGCCCCCGUCUAGUCCCCAUGAGUGCCACCGCUACAACGGCUGCACGGCGCAGUCCGUCUGCAUCGGAUGUUAAGUUAAAAAGGAUAGCCUCACCAGGAAUAAGCGCAUCAAAUGAGCCUAUCGACAAGCCCGAGCUCAUCACUGUUGACGGGAGCAGUGGCAGCGACUCAAGCGUGGUUGAAAUGCCCUUGCAGCACGCAGGAAGGGAUUCGAAGAGGCCAAAGCGAAAGAAGCGCAAACAACGUGAUGCAGAAGAAAAGGAGAAGCGACGAAAAGUUGGGAGCAUGCACACCAUCAAGAAGUGA